CCUAAAAGUCGAACGCGCUGUCAGUGAAACGUCCCGGCUACGUGCGCAAUUUUUUGCUCUAAAACACAUUUUGGAAAGUAAUCUGCGUGUUUAACCUACACGAACGCGGAUUUGGUGGCACUCAGAAUGACUGUCAAACUUUGAUUAUAGCGACUGUCUGAUGCGUCGCUUUCACCAAAACAAGCCAAGUAGUAGAUGCGAGACGAGAGUGGCGCGUUGGCUCGGACUCGCUCUGCUUCGCCUCGGAAUCAAUCUGCGUUGUAUUCGACAUGUAACUUUCAGAACUUAACGCAGCUGCAGCGUGAAUCGCCGUUGGGAGGUUUGAAGUCAUUUUUCUUUCUUCUUUGUGUAUUUCAGCAGCGGGAAGUCGUGCGAGCGGACACAGGCUGCGCGGUGUAAAGUGCGGCGUUAGACCGCGCCGGGCUGCUGUCACCGAUAACAUUCUCACUAACCAUCACAACUUGAUGGCGAUUCUUGAUCAGCUGUUAAAUAAUUAAAGGUUCACGGCGGCUUAGUGUCCGUGUUUACAUGUCCCGUAACUUUCUUGUGCUGGUGGCAGUUUCACUUCUGUCCACAAAGCGGUACCAUUCAUUGACAAUGACGUGCGCCCUGGUAGGUUUCCUGUGUCUGUGUGUGAGGUGGACAAGUCCAUUUGAAGCUUUCGGUCAUGUCUCGUUAUACCUUUACACGCUCCCGUGCCGUCGCCUCCCGCAAAAACUGCCCAUGCCUUCUGUAGAUAUUUAUCAGUUAUUUUUAUUAUUACUAUUUUUUAAUGUCGGAAACAGAGUUUAGUGAAGCCAUGCAGCCUGGGAAUUUUGCUCUUCCUUAACUUUUCUUGGGGGGGUUCAGGGGAAUUGACAUCUAAAGAAUGCGUACGCCAUAAAUUAAAUUCAACAAUCGCACUGGGCUUGUUCAUUUGAAGAACCCGAACAGACAGUUUUCCAUUUAAGUCGAAAGCUCUGAAGCUCGGCGCCCUCGGAGGGAACAUACAGAAGUUCUUUUGUGGAAAGUGCACAUACUUAUUACGAAAAUGCACAAUCAGGCCUUUACACGGGCUAAAAUUAUUGUUCUGAUAUUUUAAAAGCAUGCUAGAAACUUUUCUUACUAAUCUGUAUAAAAAAAGAAAGAAAGCAAAAAAGAAAGAAAAAAAUCAAACAUUUUUAACACACUGUCCAUCUGCAAAUAUUUAUUUAGGCGCGCAAACUUCAUCGUUUAUUUUCCAGGUUUAUCAUAAAUGGAUAAGUCAACCUAAAAUAUCUUCGGAGCAGAUUGGUAGCCUUCUGAGUGCUUGUGCAGCGCGGAGACGGCCCCUCUUUUUAAGAUGUUUUCCAAAAUUAGACACACUCUCUGUGUGCAAAAAAAACAGAGCCCUACAAAACUGCUGCGGGAGUUAUAAACACAUUUUAAUAAGAAGAGAAUGGGUGUAAAACUUUAUUACUGAACGAGACACUUCAUUUAUUAAAUCAGUGACGGCGAAUGCCCGUGCGCUUUUGACCACACAAAUACACCUGUGGUUAAUUAAUGAGACUAAUUAUCCCUUUGCGUUUUCCUCCUUUUAAAACUCCUCCAACGCGCAGCUCUCCUGAGUGCAAAGCAAACACUAAGGUCUGUCCCUUUGCGGUGGAAAGUUGUGAUCCUUCAUUUUGUUUUGAACAGUUGCUUUUACUGCGGCUGUUCACGCAAGUCUCCUCAUAAGGUUAUUUACAUGAAUUCAAAAUCAACCGACCAGUGAUCGCUGGAAGCUGGGGAUUGAGUCUUUCAGUUUUUAACCCCACAAGCUGACAUGGAGGGCUUUCUUCGUAGCAGCUUUUUACUGAGCAGAGUCAUGUCUUCCAAGCAAGCCACGUCUCCUUUUGCCUCUGUGGUUGAUGGGGAUGAUGCCAUGAGUCAGGAGCACUUGUCUUGGGAGAAAGAGGAGAGCGCAGAGGCCCACGGCACACCACAGUUGCCCCUGCACAGUCUGCUCCACGGAAAAGCGCCUGAUGAAAUUCAGCAGCUCAGCAGUGUACCGUCAGAGAGUGACUGGGACAGCCUGGUGUCAGCCCAGCAGCGCAUGGAAUCUGACAGCAAUAAAGUAUGUUCCCUUUACUCCUUCCGGAACAAUUCCACUUCCCCACACAAGCCUGAGGAGGGGGCCCGGGAGCGAAGUGACCUGCUGAGCGGAUCAGCGUUUGGAACUCCCGAGCGCCGCAAAGGAAGCCUGGCAGACGUAGUGGACACUCUGAAGCAGAAGAAGUUGGAGGAGAUGACAAAGACAGAACAAGACGAGUCUUCAUGCAUGGAGAAACUUCUUUCUAAAGACUGGAAAGAGAAGAUGGAGAGGCUGAACACCAGUGAACUGCUGGCAGAAGUAAAAGGUACUCCUGAGAGCCUGGCAGAAAAGGAGCACCAGCUCUCCACAAUGAUAACCCAGCUGAUCAGCCUGCGAGAGCAGCUCCUGGCUGCCCACGACGAACAGAAGAAGCUCGCCGCCUCCCAGAUGGAGAAACAGAGGCAGCAAAUGGAGUUAGCCCGUCAGCAGCAGGAGCAGAUUGCAAGACAACAACAGCAGCUUCUGCAGCAGCAGCACAAAAUCAACCUCCUCCAGCAGCAGAUCCAGCAGGUCCAGGGUCACAUGCCUCCGCUUAUGAUCCCCAUUUUUCCACACGACCAACGCACUCUAGCAGCAGCAGCUGCCGCCCAGCAAGGCUUUCUCUUCCCUCCGGGAAUGUCUUACAAGCCAGGUGAUAACUACCCAGUGCAGUUCAUUCCAUCCACAAUGGCAGCUGCAGCAGCGUCAGGACUCAGCCCCCUCCAGCUUCAGCAACUGUAUGCCGCCCAGCUUGCCAGCAUGCAGGUCUCUCCUGGAGCCAAGAUGCCUCCACUCCCCCAGCCUCUCAAUGCUACCGGGCCCAUUUCUCCGUCAUCUCUGAAGAAUGACAAGAGUUCCUCCAGCCCCAUCACUCAAGUCAAGGAGGAAGGAACACAGCCCCUCAACCUGUCUGCUCGGCCAAAGACGACAGAACUGGUCAAAUCUCCUACAUCCCCGACACAAAAUUUGUUCCCCGGGAGUAAAAGCAGCCCCAACAGCCUCAUGGGCAAGGGCGGCAUCCCCAGCCCACUUGGAGGACUGGGUCGGGGCUCAUCUCUGGAUAUCCUGUCCAGCCUAAACUCCACGGCGCUGUUUGGGGACCAGGACACAGUGAUGAAGGCCAUCCAGGAGGCUCGCAAAAUGAGGGAGCAGAUCCAGAGGGAGCAGCUGCAGCAUCACCAGCAGGGCAUGGAGGCGAAGCUGUCCGCCCUCACUUCAGUGGGCCUCAACAACUGCAGAGUUGACAAGGAAAGAGCACAUUUUGACAGCAUCGGGCACCACCUCGGCAAGCUGGGUGAAGAAGGCAAGAUCGGCCACAGAGUCAUCGAUCUCACCAGACCAGAGGAUCUAGACGGAGGCGCAGGAUCCGCUGAGGCUCGAGUCUUCAGGGAGUCCAGAGGCAGGAACAACAACGAGCCGCACAUUAAAAGGCCGAUGAACGCGUUCAUGGUGUGGGCCAAGGAUGAGCGGCGCAAGAUCCUCCAGGCCUUCCCCGACAUGCACAACUCCAACAUAAGCAAGAUUUUGGGUUCUCGGUGGAAGUCCAUGUCUAACCAGGACAAGCAGCCAUACUAUGAAGAGCAGGCUCGUCUGAGUAAGCUCCACCUAGAGAAGUAUCCAAACUACAAGUACAAGCCGCGGCCUAAGAGGACCUGCAUCAUCGACGGAAAAAAACUCCGUAUUGGAGAGUACAAGCAGAUGAUGCGCUCACGGCGACAAGAGAUGAGGCAGUUCUUCACUGUGGGGCAGCCGCCGCAGAUUCCCAUCACCACCAGCGCCAGCAUGGUCUAUCCUGGGGCCAUCACCAUGCCAACCACCACACCCUCACCUCAGAUGACGUCGGAGUGCUCAAGUGCCUCAGCGAGUCCUGAGCCGUCCAUUCCGGUCAUCCAGAGCACCUACAACAUGAAACUCGAGCCCAACAACAUGGUGAACAACAGCGAGCCGGUCAACGGCGAGGACGAGAUGGACAUGUACGAGGAUUUUGAGGACGAGCCCAAAUCAGACUAUAGCAGCGAAAAUGACACACAAGAGCCCGUCAGCGCCAACUGAAACUUCUCACGGUGACGAAAGGCCAGAGCAGACACGACACUCACACAGGAGGACGCCCAGAGGGCUGGUCUGAGCUGAGGGAGGGAAAGAGCAAAAGAAAACAAAAACUAUACCACAAAGGUUUAAAAAAAAAAAAAAAAUGUUUUAAAAAAAAAAUUAUUGAUGUAUCAUGUGGAAGCCAGCAUGCAGCUGUGGCUUCAUCAGAAUCAAAAGCUAUUUGGUCUUAAGUGUUCAUGUGUGUGAAGCAGUUUGGGUUGUGGUAAUUUAUACCUUUUUUUUUUUUUUUUUUUUUAUCUCAUUGUUUAUUUUUUCAUUGAAACCAUGGACAUUUAUACAAUUAGGUUAUUGCCUAAAACUAAAGAUGGAACUUGAAAUUGAACAUUUGAUAUGAACCUAUAGUUCUUACAGUCAUAUACCUAGUUUUCCUCUUCAAUUAGAUGAUUUUACUACAUCAUUACCUAACUGUUCAAGAUGGGAAUAAUAUUCUCACUCAGGUAUAGUGUGCCAGCCAACAGCUUGUGAAUGUUUUUAAUCAAGAGUAAAAUACUACCAUUACAAAAUAUCUCAAAAUGAAUAUGGAGUGAUUCCAAUUUAGUACAGAGGGUAAAUAAUACACAUUUAUUAUUAUUAUUAUUAUUAUUAUUUCUUUGUUGUCGAUUGUUAUCACAUAACUGCAUCACUUAGUGCAGAAGUGCCAAACAUUUCAAGUUGUUUCUAAAACCUGUAAAGUCUUUUGGGAGAGGCUUUGUGAGUCUUAGACAAUCUCUUCAUCUCUUAAUGCAGCUUCAUGAUCCAGACUUUCAUUAAUUUUCCCGAACAUAAUAAGCAGAAAGAAAAAAAGGAAAAAAAAAAAAAAAAAACAACUCAGGAACUUGGAGGCAGCAAGCUCUGCAGGAGGUUGCGACAUGUGACAUCUGUGGAUGGUAGCUUGUGAUGCUAGCUGACCUCCGUGGAGGCCAAUGCAGUGAUCAUCAAUGAAGCUGGCCAGGCCCUUUCCCGCCCUCACACCAGUCCACGAAGAGCACCGUGGCAUCCUUCACUCAUUUCCAGCCCCGCAACUCAGUCUGAUUCACCAAGAUCUUAAUCAGAGUGAUUGUAAUCAGGCCAGAAUGCCAAAGGGCCAAAGGCCUCCAAUCUGUGGGAUUGGAACAGCAGCGAAAGGCAGCUUUGGUGGCAUUACAAUCUUAAAUUGAUGUUGUACAAUGUGUAGCUACAGUACAUUCUGUUAAACACUUUAGCCCCAUUUGGACGGCAAGUUUAAAGUCUUAGGUCUUAAAACGUAAUUUUUUUUUUUUUUCCAAUCUUAAUUCUUUUUAGACAUUGUAAAUCUUAAACUGACACUAAGAAGUCUUAAAGCAGACCACGGUCAACGGGUUAAUGCAAUGAGUUGAUUACAGAAAUAGUCUUGAAAGAGCAGCGACAAUCUGCAAGGACAUCUCUUAACGGACAGAGAAAAGUCGUGCGCGUUUCUAAAACUACUUCAUCAUGCGCAUAUGGUGACGGCGGCUUAAAACAAACUGAGAUUUUUUGCGUGAGUGCACUUCCAUAAAUUCUCGGUGCCUCUUAGCCUUGCUCGCUAUUUCUAAUAAUCAGAUCAGUUUUUUGGAAUGCACUUAUAUCGUCGUGUUAUUAAAGAAGACAACGCACGAAAUCUCGAUCCUAAUUUGAGCUUAAAACCUGACGAGUGGCGACCUUCCAGAGGCGGCAGCUAGAUAAAGCUCCUCUAGUGGGUCGAGGCCUUGAUGUUGACACUCAGAUCCUCUUUGCCGGGCAGAAGGUCUAAGUGGCUCUCCUCCCUGCCAUGCCCUGCUCUGACCCCAGCCUGUGGCAACCUCAGCACCCAGGGGGCGCCAUCUGGCUCAGAGAAGGAGAAAACACCAGGGAAGGAUGGGAAACAAUAAAAACGGGGUGUGUGUCCCUCAUUGUGCUCUCCAUCAAAGUGCUGGAAGUGAGGCCUCAACAGGGCUCCCACCCUGGCCCAAUCACCAGGCGCUGGCGAGCAGAUGGAACAAGUACAUCAAGCUGUGGGGGAUUAUUAAAAUGACUGACGACUGGGUAUCAUCUGAAAUACAGCAUUAUUAAUGCAUGAGUCCAGCUAUUCCCCUCCCUUGCCCUUGAACCUGUCCAUUUCAGAGAGCGCAGAGCUUUUUGAAGGAUCUGAAUGGCUGGUCAGUGGCUUUAACUGGUCAACAUCCCAACUGCUGGUCACUGCAUUUUUCUCCAAGCUCUAAUUGGUACAGAUGGCUCUUUACAGCUCUCUGAUCUUCUGAACUCUUAUUGUUAAUACCCAUCCAGCGCUGACUUACAUUGUUUCUACGUUUGGAAAUAUUUACGACACCUCAUUGAUAAUUCCCAUUUCAUUUUUUCAUUUUAUUUUUUUGUUUUGUUUUGUCCGUUGCAUCAUUUCUACACGAUUCUCGUUUUGAGGAACAAGUCACUAUAAGGAAGCUCUCCGACAAACAAACCCAAGUGGAUUUCCCUCCAAGUCAAACCGUUUGGUAUUUUUAAGCUGUUUGCUCCUGUUUGCUGGUGGUUAGACUGAUUUGUAUGUGAUUGUAAAUACUUUCAUGACCAUGCCACACUGCUUUGGUUGGCUGGUAGCUAAAAAGGACUCUUCACAGAACUGAAACUUGACUGUGCUUAUAUAACAGAAAAGGCAAAAAAAAAGAAAAAAAAGAAAAAAAAGAAGAAGAGAAGAGAAAAAAAAUGACAACAAGAACUCGCGACGAGACGGUGUUUCAUAAGUGUUAUAAGCACUGGAUAUAAAUUGUAUUUUUAUCAAUUCUGACUAAUGUGAAGCUGUUUGAGGGAAAAACACCAUGAAUGAACAGAAUUCCCCAGUUGGACUCAAGUGGGUUUGCUCUCACAGUUACCAGAUUUGAGUCUUUUUUUUUUUUUUGUCUACUUAUUUUGUUUAUUUAUGCAAAGACACAUGUGAUGAAUGAACACUUUGUUUAAGCUUCAGGGCUGCCUAGGGGAGAGACUCAGCACAAGAAAGUGAGCAGAAAAUCCAACAGCAGGCUCGGUGAGCCGUGAAACACCAGACUUCAGACUUCAGUGCAUUGUAUAUUGUAUUUGAAACUGUAGAGUAUCGACAUAUUGUAUUUAUUAUUAGCCACUGCUGGCUCUAAAAUUGUCAACAACAUGGACAAUCAGAGAAACAGACAGAGAGAAGAAAAAAACUUUUUUUUUCAUGAAUUGGACAAAAAAAAUAAAAAUAAAACAAAGGGGGGUUGUUUAGUGAAUUCGCCAUCUCAUUCAGAUUUUAUUGUAAAUAUAACAUGAAAUAUAUUUUUUUGUUCAUUAGUGAAGUAUAAGUUAUGUAUUUGGCUGUUCUAUUUUAUUUUAUUUUAUUUUAUUGGUUUUAUUUUAGUAUGUGGUUUCAUGUUUUCGAACCUGACAAGUCACUGUACCUCAUGUAGAUGCUGAAAUUUUCUCUUUAUUGGAAGAGAGCAGUAACUGGUCCUGAGACGGAGAGAAGCACCUCACUUGCUUACACUUAUAUAAUCUUCCCUGGACGUUUAAAAGAAACGACAAAAGCUACACUCAUCCGAUAAGGUACUAAUUUAAACAACGAGCACUUGAUGUGAAAGAAUUAUUCAGUACUUUGUUCCCAAUCAUGAUACAAUCUAAGCGGUAUGCUGUAUGCUGUAUAUCCUCACUUGUGUUUUGUGCUUAUUACAGCACUUAUCGUUUUUUUUUUUUUUUUUUUUUUGGAGGAGUUGAAAUCAUCUGAAAAAUCCUGCAUGCAUUUGGCUUGCAUUUACAUUAUUAUAAUAAACAAUGGUAUUUUUUUCUAAUGAAUGACUGUUUCACACACAAGUGAUAUUGGAUUUUUUUUUUUUAUGUGGGAGCGUGCAAGUAUUUAUUUCUUUACAUGUGGCAAAAUGUGCAGACACUGCAUUCUUCAGUGUUCAGUUUCAGAGUUAAUUCUCUCCUCGCCAUCUUUUCCUGCGUUACGUUUUUUUUUUUUUUUUUUUAAAUGCCCGUGACUAUCCAGCCAUCUGCAAACGUAGCCCUCACAGUUUGUUUCUUUUAUUCCACAUGCCAAUGGUUUGAAUGAACUGAAGACAAACGCUUCUAUGCUGUUUCAACAUUACUUACUGUAAUUUGAUUUUUUUUUUUUCCUCUGUCUGAACUUUGUGAUGUAUAUGGUGGGAAUGUUCUCUGUGUUAAUUUAAUCAGCACAAUUCACUGACAUGCUGGACUGACAUGCUAGCUGCUGUUCAGAAGUGUAAAAUUUGUUGUUCGGGGCAACAUUUAUAGUUGUCUUUGGUACUUUGCUUUUUAGAGUUGUCUCUCAAGCAACACUGUGUGGGGCUCUUCUAUCACUGGAGCCGUGGUUUUGAAAUUUGCUGGCAGCCAAUUUUCCGCAUAGAAAUCUUUCUCUUUCCUUUUUUUUUUUUUUUUUUUUUUUUUAAUUUCCUGACAGGUACCUAGGCCCACGGCAAGUAUUGUUUGGGUGUUAUUAGAGAAAAUGAAAUACAUAGUGUCUGUUGCUGCUUUAAAAAAAAAAAAAAAAAAAAAAAAAAAAGUUUAUGUCUGAAUAUGUAAAUAGUUUAUCGUAAUAUCUUGUACAGUCCAAUGUAAAGUUUUUAAUUCAACUUAAAAAAAAAAUGUUGCCAUCACGUUUGUGUUCACAUUCUUCUUUAUACAGUACAAAAGCUCAAUUAUUUGCUAGGGAUAUUAUUGCUAAAAUGAGAAAAAAAAAAUGAAAAUGAAUCUUAAUUUUUUUUUUUUUUUUUUUAAUGUUUGUUUGGUUUUGCUUGGCUUCAAAGUGUACACCAGCAAGUCUUUGGUUUCCAUGUGCAGUAUUGACGUGAGGUAAACUUAAGGUGAAUAAUUUUACAUUGGUGUGCGUGUGUGUGCGUGUGUGUGUGUGCGUGUGUGUGGAGAGCAAUCUCCUCGGCUUUGGUAGUAUUAAUACACUAUAUCAAGUAAAAACAAACCAAUGAUCGACACAUUUGGGUGCAUCCGGGCGCUACAGGGAUGUGUAUACUGUAUAUGAUUCAAUUAUCCCUGCAGGAUGAAUUCAGACAUAAUAUAACAUCAUUUUCAUUAUGUCUCAGUCCAUUGUAACAAUGCAGCAGUGGGCUGAAUAACUGCCUGUUUUAGCUCAUUUACCUCAAGAAUUUCCUCCUUUUCUGUAAAAGAGACAGAAAUUGUGUUACAGAAAGCUUCUCACAUCACUCCAUCUUUUGUACUGCUGUUGACACUUACAAAUUAAAGAGACAUUUUGUUUUAA